CAAAAACCCCCGUUCCGAUCCCAGCAUUCCGUCACUGGGUACAGCAUCAAGCAUUUGUGGUGGCCACAACAAAUCUUCGACUCCAAGGAGAUGCUAAGUAUACAUUAAUUCCACAGCCCAUGCCCUUAUCAUCUACCUCCAUACCCCAGUAUAUUAAAAUGUCAUUGCGAUGUCUCCUGGGCCUGGGCUGGCAUUGCCUUCGACGGUUAGCUGCCGUAAGCAUAAUAAUACGGUACACUAGAGGACCAUUGCAUUCGCCGCCUAGAUCGAACUUCAAGGACCAGAAUUAUUCAACAUGUCGUUUGUGUAUCGCGAUGACUCCCAUGCCUAGGGGCAUCCCAGAAGAGCAACUCCGCCGCCAAGGCCGUGACGCCGUGCAGCCUCCGCUCGACCACGAGGUUUUCGGAGACCAGAACGUGCAGUUACGGUAGCGGCCCUGUAGCUAUCUAAGCGGAGUCUCUUCAUUCGGCCCGUAUCCAAAAAGCAAGAAUGCCCCACCAGCGGAACAAGUGCGCUCGCCAGCGCAAGCUACGUGCCAUCUGCUUGGGGCGCUUCGCAGCAUAGGUAGACACGGGGCAGCUCGUCGGACAUCGGCCCGUUUAUACGUCUUGUACAUACAUACAUACCAGGUUCGACACAAGCGUUGCCUAUCAACCCACCAUUCUUUUCUUCGGCUCAGGGGUCCGAGUCCAUG